AUCUGGUAAAAAAAAAAUUUAUCAUUUAUGCAAUGCACGUUCUCUCGUAUGUCGAAAUAAUAGUGUUGUGUUGUCAGGAUAAAAUCAGUUAUGUUGAAUUUUAUUAAAAACACGAGGUGCCUGGGUUGGGCCUUCGUGAAAUAACACGAAUUAACUUAAACCAAACACGUUCAAAUAACAUCUCAUCGAAAAUUUCUUGGUUACUACAGAGAAUAUUAGCUGAUCUCAAUUGAACACAUCUUGAAACACAGAAAAUUGAAAGAGAACAAUUGAGAAAAAAGAUAAAGAUAGUAAUAUGCAGCGGAUGUGGUUUAUAGAAAACAAAGAAGAGGAGGAUAUCAAACGACUAGAGGCAACGUCUAAAGGUACUUCUAUCAACGUGACGUCUGAGGAUAUUUCAUCCACCAUGAAGGAUUUAAAGAGAGAUUGGAUUUUUAGAGUACAGGUACUGGGUUUGGAAAAAAAUGAAUGUUUAUAUGUCGUUGGAAAUUUACCUGAAUUAGGGGCAUGGAAUCAUAAUCAGGCAAUUCAAAUGUUCCAAGAGCACAAUGCUCAAGAUGCUUCGUUACUUUUUGAUAGUAAGAAUAAUACCACCGAGUGUUAUAGUAGUGAUAAACCAACAGAAGCAGGAGAUAAUAUUUAUCAUGAGAUAGAUAAAUAUAAAUAUUUCAGAGGACAGACGUUUUCUCAAAAGGUUGCAUUACCCGUUGAUGCAGAAGUGGAUUAUCGAUAUUUUAUUGCCGUUAUAUGUCAAUCCAAUGGUACUAAGAAUUCAGCAAAGACUCUUAUUAUUCGCAAAUGGGAAACACAUAUGAUAUCUCGUCACAUUAAGAAGAAUGUACCUAGUAACUUUGUGAAUGAUACCUUGCCAGAUCCAGAAAUAUUUGGUUGUCAUAAUGGUUAUUGUAAAAUUGAACGUGGUUGGCUUACGGAUGAAACUGUGAUACAAUUUAAAAUUUUUGAUAAUCCAAUUAAAUUAUGGAAACAUCGAUUGCAAAAUAGGAAAGUUAAUAUUAAGAUGACUCCAGUAAAUUUAGUUAGGCAACACUCCUUAGAAUUACAACAAUUUGGAAAUGAGUGUAUAGAUGAUAGUCUUUCUAUGGAUACACAAGACAUUAUUGAUCAACCUGCUUUUAGUAUUACAGAAAUUGCUGUGAUGAACGAUGAAGAAGCACACUUCAAAUGCCAGGAACAAUUUGGUCGAGCUUAUAAAGAAGACGAGUGUAUUAUCUUCAAUGUUGCUGUUCGUUAUCCUGAAACUGUUGCAUAUUUAGUGGACUACUACGUAUACAGUUCAAGGACUUUCCCAGGUGAACCACCAAAUCAUAUUGGAUUCAGUUACAUCUUACCUAGUACAUUGCAAUCCAGUGUUGGGAUCCUGACAGUGCCGAUUACUAGUACAAAACAUAGACCAAUUGGACAAUUAACAGUCGAAUAUGUUGUUAUAAAAUCAAUACCGAAUUAUCCAUGGGAUAUGAGUAUUUCAUAUGCAAAACAUUGGGAACAAAGAUGGUCUGGUUUGGAUGUUGGUCAUAGAGGACUUGGUACUUCAUUUAAAUUUGAAACAAAAAAUUGUGCUAACGUGAGAGAAAACACUAUAGCGUCUUUAAAAACUGCAGCAUAUCAUGGCGCUGAUAUGGUAGAAUUUGACGUUCAAUUAUCGAAAGAUUACGUACCAGUUAUAUAUCAUGACUUUUAUGUAUCGAUUUCAUUAAAACGUAAAAAACAAAUAGAAGCAAUGGACACACUGGAGAUACCGGUUAAGGAUCUAACUUUAGAACAACUUCAUUUAUUGAAGGACCUUUAUUACCCGGGCGACUCGUUGGGUAAGGUGCUGUAUUUCGUUGAUAAAAGUGAGCAGGGGGUUAACCAACUGGUUUAUCAUGUCGCAGAAGGUCGAGAAAAAAUUCCUCGAUUUUUUGACGAAGAUUUGGAAGAUCAUCAACCCUUUCCUACACUUCAAAGUGUACUACUUGAGUUAGAGCCGCAUGUUGGAUGCAAUAUUGAAAUAAAAUGGACCAUGCAAUUAAAAGAUGGUACAUUUGAGCUUAAUCAUCCAUUUGAUCUAAAUAUGUAUCUGGAUACAAUAUUGAAAGUUGUUUUGGAAUAUGGGGACGACAGGAAAAUAGUUUUUUCAUCCUUCAAUCCUGAUAUUUGUGCUAUGAUACGUCUGAAACAGAACAAAUAUCCAGUUGUAUUUUUAACACAAGGCAUAACUUCAAAGUAUCCGACUUAUCAUGAUCCCAGAUGUCAAACAGUACCAAUGGCUAUAAGACACGCAUUGGCGGCAGAUAUUUUAGGAAUUAAUGUUCAUACCGAGGAUAUACUUAGAGAUCCUUCCCAGGUAAAAUUGGUGAAAGAUGCUGGUUUAAUCAUCUUUUGUUGGGGCGAUGAUAAUAACGAUAAGGAUACUAUUCGUCAUCUUAAAAAACUUGGCCUACAUGCGGUCAUAUAUGAUAAAAUUGAUGUAUAUAAUUCGAAAGAUGUUAAAGAAAGUAUA